UAGCCGCCUGGACCAAACCAAGAAAAAGACCCAAACGAGUCAUGCGAUGAUAUUCAAGUUGUUUUUCAUCUUCAUUCCAAGAAAUGGCUUCAAAAGACAACCCAACCAAACCCUAGAUUGACUCUCUCUCUUCAUUACCUUCUUGCAGAUUCUCGUCUCCCUCUCUUUCAGAAUCGCUGAUCAAUUUGCCGGAAAACAAUUACACAGCGAUUCUAUUCCUUGCGCGACGAGAUCUCUGCAGAUCUAAUUCAAAAUAGGCAGUUAUUUGAAGAUUAAAUGUUUUAUGUUGCUAUUGAAGUUAUAUCUUUUGGAGUUGAAUUUGGUCGAACUUCUUUGAUGGAUAAUGACCAUUCCGAUGGAUAAUACUUUAGAUCUUUCAACAAGAGAGCGUGUUCAACGUCUUUACACCAAGAAUGUUGAAUUGGAGAAUAAGCGUCGGAAAGCAGCACAUGCCAGGAUUCCCUCAGAUCCCAAUGCAUGGCAACAGAUGCGAGAGAACUAUGAAGCUAUUGUUCUUGAAGAUCACGCUUUCUCUGAACAGCAUGAAAUAGAGUAUGCUUUGUGGCAAUUGCAUUAUAGGAGAAUUGAGGAGUUGCGUGCACACCUUAGUGCUGCUCUUGCAUCAGCAGGAUCGGCCACGUCUCAAAAUGGGAAAGGUGCCACACGUCCUGGACCUGAUCGAAUCGCAAAAAUUCGUACCCAAUUUAAAACCUUCCUUUCGGAAGCAACUGGGUUUUAUCAUGAUUUGAUGGUAAAAAUUAGAUCUAAAUAUGGUCUACCAUUAGGUUAUUUCUCUGAUGAUCAACAAAAUCAGAUUUUGUCCCAAGAUGGAAAUAUAUCUGCUGAAGUCAUGAAAGGCUUGGUAUCUUGCCACCGUUGUUUGAUUUACCUUGGGGAUCUUGGUCGUUACAAAGGGUUAUAUGGAGAGGGUGAGUCCAAAGCUAGAGAUUUUGCAGCAGCAUCAAGCUACUAUAUGCAAGCUUCUUCACUUUGGCCUUCAAGUGGCAACCCUCAUCAUCAGCUUGCAAUACUGGCUUCAUAUUCAGGGGAUGAAUUAUUGACCAUUUACAGAUAUUUCCGAAGUUUGGCGGUUGAUAACCCUUUUUCGACAGCAAGGGAUAAUUUGAUCAUUGCAUUUGAGAAGAACCGUCAGAAUUAUUCUCAGCUGUUUGGGGAUGCCAAAGCUUCUGUUAAGAUGCCCCCUGCACGGAUGACUGGAAAAGGGAGAGGAAAAGGGAAAGGUGAAACAAGGGUUCCAAAAGAUGAUAGGGUGGAAGCUAGUCUUGUCAAGGAAAAAGCAUCUUUACCUGAGAUUUUUAAAGCCUUCAGCAUUUGUUUUGUCCGACUUAAUGGUAUUCUUUUCACACGGACAAGCUUGGAGACAUUUGGGGAACUUUUCUCUAUGGCUAGAAGUGAUUUGCUGGAGCUUCUUGCUUGCGGUCCAGAUGAGGAGUACAAUUUUGGUUCAGAUGCUGCUGAAUGUAGACUUGUGAUUAUCAGACUGAUAGCCAUCCUCAUAUUCACUGUUCACAAUGCAAAUAAAGAAAUUGAAAAUCAGUCAUAUGCUGAAAUUUUACAACGUUCAGUUCUGCUUCAGAAUGCAUUUACUGCUAUUUUUGAGUUUAUGGGGCAUAUAAUUCUCAGAUGCAUCCAGUUGAAUGAUCCUUCAACAAGCUAUAUGUUGCCUGGCAUAAUGGUUUUUGUGGAAUGGUUAGCUUGUCGGCAAGAUAUUGCAGUUGGCACUGAAGUGGAGGAGAAACAAGCUAGUGCUAGAUCAUUUUUUUGGGAUAACUAUGUUUCCUUUUUGAACAAGCUUUUGUCAAGUGGAUUCUCAUCUAUUAAUGAGAAUGAAGAUGAAACAUGUUUCUUCAAUAUGAGCAGGUAUGAUGAAUGUGAAACUGCCAAUCGGCUUGCAUUGUUUGAAGACUUUGAAUUGAGAGGAUUCCUGCCUCUGCUCCCUGCACAACUAAUCCUUGAUUUUUCGAGGAAACAUUCAUUUGAAAGUGAUGGUGGCAAUAAAGGGAAGAAAGCUCGUGUUCAGAGGAUUAUAGCUGCUGCAAAGGCUCUUUCUAAUGUGGUUCGUGUUGGGAAACAGGGAAUUUAUUUUGAUCCAAAGUUGAAGAGAUUUGCUAUAGGUGUUGAACCACAAAUGUCAGAUGAUUAUUUGCUUUGUAGCUCCUUAGAGAUACCCAGAUUAAAUGGUACCAUGCAAGAAAAUCCAGCAGAAAGUCAAGUGAAUCUUGGACUUUUGCAGCCAAAGCCACAGUUAUACAUGGAAGGGGAAGAAGAGGAUGAGGAGAUUGUUUUCAAACCAACUGUGUCUGAGAAGCAUACUGAUGCUGCUUCAAAACCAAGCUCUUUUGAGGUUUUGGGGUCUGUUGUUAAUUGCUCCAAGGCUGAUUGCGCCAAGGCUGAUUCGGGAAAUAACGUUGGGUUUGUUUCAGCCUCUAAUGAUGGUUUCCUUUUGCCAAAUGCUUUUAAUACAAGUUCAAGGCCACCUACAUCUCUUGCUAAUAUUACUGCUCAGUAUUUGCAACCAAUCCAGCCAAAUACUUCAAUGUGGCUGGCACAAGAACAGGUUUCUAUUGCAAAUGAACUGACCAAUUUGAGCUUAUUGGAGAAUGGGUUUCCUAUGAAACAUGGUUUGCAAGAUCAUUUGGGAGCUUUGCAGCCUAUUGCGCUUCCAGUUCCAUUUCCUCAUCAGUAUGUGAAUCUCAGUGCUGGAAACAAAUAUCCAGUUCAGGUCUCUGAAACUGCAGUGCCUUCUAAGUUCGAUUCGAUUAUGUCAUCGGGAACUGUUUUGGAUAGUUUGUCCAUGAAGCCAUUGUCAAUGAUGCCUGCAGGUUUGAGAAAGAAUCCAGUGAGCCGACCCAUCAGGCAUUCGGGUCCUCCACCUGGAUUUAACUCUGUUCCUCCCAAACUUGUUGAUGAGUCCUUGUCUGGUGUAAGACUGAAGAAUGAAAAUCCACCAAUCGAUGAUUAUAGCUGGCUAGAUGGAUAUCAAUUGCCGUCAUCAACCCAAGGCAUUGGAUUCAGUAAUACCAUAAAUCAGUCAGCAGAGGCAUAUCCUGUGAGUAAGAUCAAUAGCUCGAUGGGGAUGGUAGGCUUUCCCUUUCCUGGAAAACAAGUGUCGACACUGCAAGUCCAUGGAGAAAAACAGAAUGGCUGGCAGGACUAUCAGUUUUCUGAACGUCUGAAACUAUAUCAGGAACAGGAACAGCAAUUUCAGAAAGGAAAUCAACAGUCUAUUACAUUGCCAGAGCAGUAUCAAGGUCAGACUCUCUGGGAAGGUCGUUUCUUUGUGUGAGAUGAUUAUGGGAGAUAGAUGGUUGUGAACAGUUUACUGUGGUUGAUGUCCAGUGACCUGGUGCUACCAGUUCAGAGUUCGCCUUUGCAGAGCCAAUGUUAUUUUCUGUUGGAAUAUGGAUGGUCUUGGAUUGUUGCAGGCACUUGCUGAUGAACAGCUUGUGCCGAGCUUUCCAGAUCGCAUGAAUGAAGAUCAUGAAAGUCAAUAGGUGUGGGAAAUGCGGAUUUUAUGAGGGUAAGAUCUUUGUCUGGUUGGAUGGGUUUGGGCAUCUAACGUGUAAGCAAUUUCGGAAAGCGGUGGGCAAGUAUUUGAAGUUGGAUGAACCGAACUACUACUAGCUAUUAUAGUUGACUGAUAAAAAUCUAUCUGCCAGAUGGGAACACGAGUAGUUUUUGCGAUGCUUGCCAUGAUCAGCAGUCUCUGUCUAUAAUAGACAUCUUGGCGGUUUCUGCAGAGCUGCCUUGAAGUUCUGAGAGAUCUAAUUGAACUCAACAAAAGUUAUGUGAAAAGUCUGGUUAAUCCUGGGUUGGAAUGUGAUGGUAGAUGAAAAUAAGUCACUGGUUACAGAGGCAUUUUGGUAUUUAUCUUUCUGUGUCUGAUUAAUCCAGCCCUUUAUCAACUCACGCUUUUACACUUGUUGCUUGAACUCAAAAUGGUUUUUCUAGUGUUGCAAGUUGUGAGCUUUUGUGGAUGAGUAAUUAACUUUGGUUUGGUUUGCCUAAUGUCAAUAGUGGUUAUUAAGAAGCUAUUCUUUAUGCUGUGUUUCUCUAUAUUCAAUUGAAUACGACAAGUAUGUUUGUGUGUUGUG